AUGGGAAUUAAACCCACGGGCUCUCAGCGAUGGCACGGACGCUCUAACCGCAGGUCCUGCCUGCCCGGCUACAAACUUACGUAUAUAGCCGCUCUGUUUGGUAGAGACCAGUUGAAGUUGGCUUCCUGCCUGUUGAGAUGUGCCAAUAGGAAACACAGUGAACAGGGGUUCAUGCUGAUGAAAUUGAUCUGCUCAGUGAGCUCCAACCAGAGCCAUGGGGAGUACCCAGACUGCCGCAGUGAGAGGGAGUCGGGAGGGGAGGCGUCUCUCCUGGUGUCUCCGCUGGUGGUGGCGGGGAUCGUUAUAGGUCUGGUCCUCUUCCUCUCCUGCAUCACCAUCAUCGUCGGCAGCCUGCGCAAAGACAGUCGGCUCCGAAACCCACACCUCAGAGCUAGUUACGGACCAGAUGGUUUUUCCUAUGGAGGUUCAGUGGGAGAACUGAGGUCUACCUGCUUAGAAGACUUUCCUCCUGGUUUAGACUUUGACUCAUACAGAGAGACUCUAUCGCAGGUCAACAACCUGUACCCAGACUCACCUCCACGUUACGAUGAGUGUGUUGGCCCUGGUUCGACUCAGAUCUACAUACCUACAGAUGACCCACCUCCUUAUUCCCUAUUGGACCCCUUUCAGAGAGGGCCAGAGCAGGAGGAGCAGCCUGGCUACACCAGUCCAGAUCCUUCUCCAUACUGUGGAGAGACCUCAGCCAGCGCUGGCUGGUUCUCCCCCUCCCACUACCCUCUGGGACUGCAGGAGCAGGAGCCUCAGCACAUCGCAUCCAUCUCCUUCCCACUGGAGGCGGCUCCACCUUAUGAGUCGGUGUUGGCCGAGCAGGGACAUCCCCUCCCUCUCAUGCCAUGUGACCUUUAUAAACACCAGUCAGAGAGGGGCGGCGAUGGCAGCUCCCAGCAACCCGGGGCGAGCCAGAUCUUGUAGGACAAUUUAUCUGUUUCUCUCACCUGUGCUGCUGGUUCUCCCCAGCUGCAUUAAGCAACACUUGCGGUGUGGGGAAGAAAAUGGCUGUUAGGAG